CCCACCAGUCGAAAUACUCUGACCACUUUGCACUCCAUCAGAAAUCCAAUUUUUGACUUCAUUCGUAUUGCCUUUUCUGAUAAGAAAAAAAAAUUGGUGACAAACAUGAAAGCUUGUUUGACAAUAUUGUGGCUAUGCUCGGCUGUUUUCGUUACUUCGUCGGCAGUACCAUUGAAAGUCACGAAGACACUACGACGUUACAAUAAACCGAAUCAGACAAUACGAAAGAGAAGCAUCAUGGGAGUAGGACCCAGGCCUUUCGCUUCAUUAGGAGCUCCUUUAUUUGCGAUGCCUCAACUUCCAGGAAUAGUUAACUAUGGAUGGAUACCAGGGGAUGGUGGGCUAUGCAAUGGAGCGUUUAAUUGUCCUCAUUGGAUGCCAUGCUGUUGCCCUCCUGACGAAUCGGAAGGAAAAGAAGGAGGAGAGGAGAAACCACCAGGAGGAGAGAAGCCACCAGCGGCUGGAGGAGAAAAAAAGCCCCCUGGUGGAGAGGCCCCACCGCCACCUCCCGGGGGUGAAGGAAAAAAGCCCCCUAAUGGAGGAGAAAAGCCCCCUGGUGGAGAAGAAAAGCCCCCUGGUGGAGAGGGCCCACCGCCACCUCCCGCGGGUGGAGGAGAAAAGCCCCCUAGUGGAGGAGGCUCACCAGCUCCUGAUGGUGGAGGAGGAGAAGGAGGAGCUCCACCGGCAUCACCACCUGCAGGUGGGGAAGGGGCUAAUAAACCAGCUGCUGGAGGAGAGGCACAGCCAUCGGCAGCAGCAGCAGGUCCUGAAAGUGACGCACCUCAACGUCCAAAUGCUGUUCCUGCUGCUCCAGCUACAGUCGCAGCUCCUGCUGUUGUAUACGCUCCAGCACCAGCAGUAGCUGCUCCUUUGCCAGCAGCAGCACCGCAGUCAGACCCAGCCGUAGUUUCAAGAGUGGAAGCUCCUGCUAAUACUCCUGCUGCAGCAGCUCCUUUGGUAGCCGCAACUGAACCUGCACCUGCUGCUGCUCUACCUGUAGCUGCUCCCGCUCCGGCUUUAGCUGCUUCCAUCCCUGCAGCUGCUGUCCCUGGUACUGCACCUGUUGCUGCUGCUGCAGCUCCUGCUUUUGUUGCUGCUGCCCCUGUUCCUGCAGCAACAGGCUAAAAUGAUAUCAUGUCUACAUCGUAUUUCAUCCACCGUGAUCAAAGAUCAUUGCUUAGCUUAUAUCGUUGAAUAAAGUUCAUUCAUUUUGUA